AUGUAUAAAACAAUUUAGAAAUUAGGAGAUGGAGUUUUUGGGAGUGUAACAAAGGCUCUUGAUGAACGAACCUAAGAGUUUGUAGCCAUAAAGUCUUAUAGGGAUAAUAAAGUUAAAGAUGAAAGUAAAAUAAAAGAGAUCCAAAUAUUAAAAAAGUUAAACCACCCCAACAUUAUUAAAUUGAGAAAUGUGAUAAAAUAAAACAAAACAUUAGCGAUAGUGCUUGAUUUUUCUGAGAGAAACUUAUUGCAAUACUAUAAAUCGGUCAAGGAGAAAAAUAGAACCCUAUGCGAAUAGCAAAUUUAAAGCAUUGUUUAUCAAAUAGCAAGUGCUUUAAACUAUUUACACACAUAGGGCUAUUUACACAGAGACUUGAAACCUGAAAACAUCAUGAUACAGGAUAAUGGAGUGGUGAAAUUAAUAGAUUUCGGGCAAGUCACUUAUCAAAAUGAAUAGCAUACUGAUUAUGUCUCAACAAGGUGGUAUAGAUCUCCAGAAUAAAUUAAGCAAUAAUCCUACAAUCAGGAGAUCGACAUAUGGUCAUUCGGCUGCAUUAUUGCAGAACUCUACUUACUUACUCCAUUACUACCUGGGACGACUGAAAUUGACCAGUUGUAUUAAAUCUAGAAUUUGAACCUGAAUCAAUAUUCCAAUAUCAUUCCACCUCAUCCUUUGAGACUGAUAAAGAGUAUGUUGCAGGAGGACCCACAUCAAAGAGUGACUGCGAUAGAGAUUUUGUAGAAUAAUUGGUUGUCACAUCCAUUUAAGUUCUUACCUAAAGAAUUGGAUGUAUAGGAUGACUCAAAGUAUUUGAUCAGUCCUGCUUAAACACCAGUGAAAGUGCAGAAAUACUUUGAGAAAUAGGAGAACAAUUAAAAUGUAUUGAAUCAUCAUUCUGCUGGGAUGUUCAACUUUGUACAACCGAUGUAAAACAAUAGCAAUGUGGAUGAGGAUUUAGAUUGUGGGUACAUUCCUUCUUAUGUCACAUCGCUCUAGGGAACUUAGAAAAAGCGAGUGAUACCUCAACAAGCCUAAUUGGCUAAUGAAUAGUAGACCCAAGAGGCUCGAAUGGAAUUGGAACCGCAGUUGUUGUAUGUGAAGACCACGAUAAAUUAGCAAUAACAAAAUAGAUUGAAUAAAAACUUCUUUUCGAAACCGUAUUAAUAUGUUUAAUUGUAGAGUGCUAAACACACAAAGGAAAAACAAUAAUUAGACUGA